AUGUCAGGCGGCCCGCGGGCUCUCCUCGGCCGAGCCCAGUCGGGGUCCCCGCCCCGAGCCCCCCCCCCGCCUCGCCGGUGUCCCCGCCCCGAGGCCCCCCCCCCGCCUCGCCGGUGUCCCCGCCCCGAGGCCCCCCCCCCGCCGGUGUCCCCGCCCCGAGGCCCCCCCCCCCGCCGGUGUCCCCGCCCCGAGGCCCCCCCCCCGCCUGUGUCCCCGCCCCGAGGCCCCCCACCCCCGCCUCCCGCCUCGCCGGUGUCCCCGCCCCGAGGCCCCCCCCCCGCCGCCUCGCCGGUGUCCCCGCCCCGAGGCCCCCCCCCCGCCGCCUCGCCGGUGUCCCCGCCCCGAGGCCCCCCCCCCGCCGCCUCGCCGGUGUCCCCGCCCCGAGGCCCCCCCCCCGCCGCCUCGCCGGUGUCCCCGCCCCGAGGCCCCCCCCCCGCCUCGCCGGUGUCCCCGCCCCGAGGCCCCCCCCCGCCGCCUCGCCGUGUCCCCGCCCCGAGGCCCCCCCCCCCGCCGCCUCGCCGGUGUCCCCGCCCCGAGGCCCCCCCCCCGCCACGUGUCGAAAGACGGAUCCGGCCGGGAAAUGGCGGCAGCGCUGAGCCAAGCGCCUCGCCUAACCUUCCCCCGCCGCCCCGGACGCAGCCUAACCCCGCCGCCCGCCGAUGGACCGGGUCGGGCCCGGGCCCGGGCCCAGCCCCACUCACGACCCAAUGCAGCCCCCGGGCCCGGUAA